AUGUCGUCGUCGCAGGCGUCGACCAAUCUGCUGCUGCAGUCGCGGGCGGCGGGCGCAGGUGCUGUCCCCGCGCUUGCGCUCGGCAAGAAGGGCAGGAAGGGCAAGCGUGGGAAGAAGGGCAAGAAGGGCCGCAAGACCGGAGCCAACGCCCUCGCAUCAGCUGGCCUCGAUCUCGAUGCCUUGACACGGGAGAAGCCGCCGGAGGAAGCCGUCGCACCCGAGGAGCCUGUCGAUGAGACCGGGUCCGAGGCAGCGGGCGGUGCAGGAGCCGAGGACGUCGUCGCAACAAGCUCAGCAGCGUUGCCUGCGCGACCGGCGGUCUCGCGGCCGUCGGUCCGUGUCCCGCCGCGACAGCCGCUUCCGGCUCGGCCGCGGGCAGACGACGACGAUGAGGAACGCCGCGCACCGGCGUCGCUACUGUCAGCGACCCGGUUCGAGGCCGAGGCCGAGGCCAGCUGGCGCCGCCCGGGCAUGCCGGCCGCCGCCGGGGCAGCGAGUGACGCCACUGUGGCGCCGACCCCGACGUCGAUCCUUGACGGCAACCUGGUAUUCCCGCGCAUCUCGUCGGGUGCGAAUGAGGAGGCCCGUGCCAACGAGCAGCGUCUUGAGCGCCAGAAGCAGCGCCGACUCGAGGAGAACCUCCGCAAGCGCCCCGCUCGCGAGCUCGGCAACGAGCCGGCAAUAGCCGCAAGGGCUGCCAAGCGAGCGCGCACCGGCAGUCGAACUUCGGCUGCUCAACAGAAGCAGCAACCGUCUGCUCCGGUCGCGCUUCCGCCGCGGAGUGCGUCCACCGCAGGAAACGGGCCGGGGACGGGGCGAGAGCUGACUGAGACCGAGUCGGCGGCGCCAGCCGCCGCGCCCGCACACGCCCCGCGCGUCCACCGGCUCACCAUGCGUGACCUUAUCCAUGACAACCGAACCGGAGUCCCGACGACUGCUGCCAUCGCGCGGAUGGCCGAAACCCGCAAGAAGCGCAAGCGGUCGGCCGCCGCGCGUGCCGCGCGCAACCGCAUGCGCAAAGAGCGCGAGAAGCUUGCCAAAAUUCAGGGCGUUGAGCCCGAGGACAUCCCGCUCCCGAUGCAGGAAGAGGAAGAGGCACCAAGCCCAGUCCCUAUUCCGGUCGAAGAGCCACUGCCAGUGCCGGUGCCGGUGCCUGCCGGCCCACCCGAGCCGCUCGCGCUCUCUGCGCCGCCGGUCGCGCCGCGCAUCCGCAUCGUCAACGGCCGGAUGGAGGUUGUUGCCGAAUCACUCACCUACACUCCCUCGACCGACGAUACCUCGGCGACCCGCCAGUACGCCACCGUCCAUGAGAACGCGUCUCGCGUCACCUCGUCGUCGUUUAUCAACAGGACGUCUGCCGAAAAGUGGUCGCCCGAAGAGCUCGAGCUCUUCUACGAGGCUCUCGCUCAGCUCGGUACAGACUUUGGCAUGAUCGCCAAGCUCUUCCCCAACCGCACCCGCCGCCAGGUCUACGCCAAGUUUAAGAAGGAGGAGAAGUUUUGCAAAGCCCGCGUAGAGCGGACGCUCCAGAACCCCGUUCCCAUCGACAUCGAGAAGUUUGUCCGCCUCUCCGGCAUCUCGCUGGACGACGGCGACUCGUCCGACGAUGACGAGUCCAACGAUGUUCCCGCCGCACCCUCGGCCCCUUCCUCUGAGCCAGGCUCCGAACCCGCCGCCGGUGCUGUGGCAUAA